AUGCUGAGACACCUGGACAGAGGAGCGAGCAAGAAUAGAGAACAACUCACUGAGCCCGUAAAAAGAAACAGAGUUGACCAAUCAUCAAAAAAAAGCAUUGGAAGGAAUGAAGUGCAGUCCUGGAUGACAGCUGUCAACCAAUCCUUACAUAUGGUGUGGCAAAAAAUAAAGACACAACUAAUAUUAGUCAUGUCUUUUCUCCUUGCUGCUCUCUGGUAUUGUAGAAGGCUCUAUGCAUACUUAGCACAGCUGUUGAAAUGGUGGAGUAGAUAUCUGCAGAGAAAAUUCAAAAAGAACCUCAGUGUACUGGCAGAAGUUGAUCUGCUUGGUUAUUGUGCAAGAGAAUGGAAAGGAGAAACCAAGCAGGCCAAGCAGAUGAAGGCGGCUUAUGAAGAACUAUUUUGGAAACACCAUAUUAAAUAUAUACGACAAGUCAGAAGAGAUAACUACUGUGCGCUAAGAGCUGUGCUGUUUCAGGUAUUCAGCCAGGGCAUUUAUUUUCCAUCAUGGAUGAAGGAGAGAGACAUUUUAAAGCUCCCUGAAAAGCUUCUGUAUUCACAAGGCUGCAACUGGAUUCAGCAAUAUAGUUUUGGACCAGAAAGAUACACAGGCGCCAACGUAUUUGGAAAAUUACGUAAAUGUAUUGAAACAUUAAAGACACAGUGGACUGAAAUAAGUGGUGUUAAAGACCACGACGAAAGAGGAAACAUGUGCAAUAUCCUUUUCUCUGAUGAAAGCAAGGAAUAUAAGCUGUAUGAGGCUAUAAAAUUCAUCAUGCUUUACCAAGUUGUGGAAGCCUAUGAACAGAUGAAGAAUGAGCAGAAACGUGUACCCGUCCUUUUUAGCCUCCUUUUUGCUCGUGAUACGUCAUCUGACCCUUUGAGUUUCAUGAUGAAUCAUCUGAAUUCCAUAGGGGACACGGGUGGUCUGGAGCAGGUUGAAAUGUUUCUUCUUGGAUAUUUACUUGAAGUAAAGAUAAGAGUCUACAGACUGCAUAAGUUUAACACUGAAGAGUUUCAAGUAAACUAUCCAGAGGAGUAUCACAGGGACUGGCAGGAAGUCUCUCUUCUGACUGAGGAUGACCAUCACUAUCACAUCCCCAUUAUUAGAAUAUAAGACUGAUUUCUAACCAUGCAGUAGAAGAAGUGACCAUCUCCAGUAAAUUAUCACCUUUAAGCCAAGUCCUUUGCCAGCAACAGUAGGAUUUCAAGUAACAUAAAAUAAUGACUACAGGACACACAGAUUUAUUAUGUUAACUUCUUGCUUGCUUGUACUGAUCCAUAUCAUCUGUGAUCUGCCUCAGAAAAACACAAAAUACAUAAUCAUACAAUCAGGACAAACUGGCAUAUUAAGGUUCUCAAAUAAAAAAAAAAUGGUAAAUCACCUGCGAGCAAACAUUAUCACUAGAUAGUUGAUAGUCACUUGUUGAGCUAAGUCCAAAACACGUGUUGUACAUAAACUUACAAUGUCAAAUGAUACCUAUUUGUUUAAGAAGGGUGCUUCAGCCACUGACUUGGGAGAGAAACAAAGGCAAUAAUAAAAAUAAAUAACUUGCAAUAUAGCUUUACUC